AUGAACGACGAUGCACUUGUUCCACCAAAGGAAAAGGCGGCGGUGUUUUGGCAUGACAUCGACAUGCAGUGGAUGGAAGCUGGAUUCUGGUGCCUGGAUCUGCACGCGAAAUCCAUCGAUGCAUUCAACUCCCGAUUCCAGCCGCGAACCGACGACAUUCUCCUGGCGUCCAUCCCCAAGACGGGAACAACGUGGCUCAUGGCUCUCUGCCACAGCAUCCUCCACCGCCACGUGGACGAAGACGACGACGCCCUGACGAGGUUGAACCCGCACGAGGUGGUCCCCACCCUCGACGCCUUCUUCCUCGCCGACCAGAUCCAGGAGAUGCUGCUGCUCGAACCGGCGGCCGGUCCCGGCCGUCGGACCAACCGGCGUCUGUUCCACACCCACGUGCCUUCCAGCUCCCUGCCCGAGGCCGUGAAGGACUCCGGGUGCAAGGUCGUGUACGUGGCGCGGAACCCGAAGGACACGGUGGUGUCGAUGUGGCAUUUCUACAACGUGUUCUUCAAGAGCGACGCCGGCGGUAUGUUCCCGCUGGAGAGAGUGGUGGAGAGCUUCUGCAGUGGGGUGAUGCCCUACGGGCCGUUCUACGAGCACGUGGUGGGAUACUGGGAAGAGAGCCGGAAGCGGCCCGAGGAGGUGUUGUUUCUCAGGUACGAGGAGCUCUGCCGAGAACCCCACGAGCAGGUCAGGAAGCUGGCUUCGUUUCUGGGGGAGCCGUUUACCCCGGAUGGAGGAGACCUGGGCGAUGCGGAGCUCGAUAAGGUGCUGUGGAGGAGCAGCAUCGGCAGGCUCCGGAAUCUGGAGGUUAACAAAAGUGGCGUCUGGGAGCUGCCCAACAUGCCCAAAAGUGCUUUGUUCAGGAAAGGAUCCGUGGGGGACUGGAAGAACUACUUGACGUCCGAGAUGGCUCAACGCAUUGACCAGCUCACACGACUCAAACUAGAGGGAACCGGACUUUCUCUUGACGAAUUAUGA